AUGUGGGCGCUCAUUGUAUUUUCCCUGCACGCCGUCUUCCUGCUCGGAAAAUCGGAAGACCUACCGUCCAAAGUGCCAGACAAGCUCCUAAACAAAAGUUUGAUAGACAUCCUAAAUUACAACUUCAACGUUAAUGAUGUUAUGGGUAUGUUCGAGAAGAUAUUCAAAAACAGUGUCGACGAUUUCAAGAUUGAGGAGGAGAAUAACGAGAUGAAGAAUCUGCAGUUCAAGAAGUACAACUUCGACAAACAGAAUUAUAAUUUUAUGUAUUCCUCUUUUAAGGAUUACUGCUUAAACGAAGUGGCAAACAUCGAAAAUUGCCAAAAGUACGCUAACAAGGAUUACAUAGAGAACGUCUUCAAAGAUAUCGACAGCAAAUUUUACGGCCGAUUUCACAAAGAAAUAAAUCAAUUGAAAUACUACAUUUUCGAAAUAGGGAAGUUGCUAAAAAGGAGAGACGAGCUGAACAAGGAAAUUAAUGGGACAUUUGAAGGAAUUAAAAGUACGAAAGAAUGGGUUAAAAAAACAAUGACGACUAAGGCGGGCACGGUAUUGCCCCUUAUUCGAUAUUUUGAAGAUAUGUCUUACAACUUAAAGCAUACAAACAAAAGCUUGAGUUACUACGACAUGAUGGUACAAUACGGAAACGAAUUAAAUGUCAUCAUAAAGAAUGCACUAGUGGAGUACGUAUACAUGUACAGACAAACCAAAACGUACCAAAAGAAAAUCGAAAAGUAUAUGGAAAGAAAUGCUAGGAUCCUUUCCAAAAUGCACAAGAAAAUUAUUCUGAGCAUUUUUUAUAUGAUUUCUGAUAUGAACAGAACAAAUGAAAAAAUCGAUCACUUGAUAAAUAAAAAGGUCAGCGAAUUUAACGAAUGGGUCAAUCAUGAAAAUGAAGAAUAUGUAAGAAAAUUAAAGAAGCGUAAAUCCAACAUUGAAUUCAAUUUAGAUGAUAUUAAUGAACAUAUGGACCUAUCCAAGGAGGAACUUGAGAAGGAUAAAAUUGCCUUUAUAAAUCUGAGCAAAUAUGUAACCUUCCAAAACCCCACCAAAACGAUAAGAUCCAUCAUGCAUUUGCUCAACAAUAAAUAUUCGAAGGAUGUAAAUGUGAUUUUUCUUUACAAUGAGGAAUACAUUGAUUUUUCAAUAGACAAGAUGAUAGAAGUCCCUGAGCCCUGCAAAAUUAACAUUGACUCCAACUCGACGGAUAACUAUAACAUUGUCCAUUUGGACUUUAUGGAAACUUCCAAGUAUGAACAAAUGCUCAACACCACGAACUUUAAACCAAAUGAUUUUAAUCAUAUAGACAAGCAGAAAAUCGAUAACAUUAUUGAUGAAAUAUUUCUCCAAGACAAGAAACUUGACAGCGAGUAUUGGAUUAAGGAGAAGGUAUAUGAGGACGUUAAGAGUAAAAUUCCUUCUACCGAUCCGAAUAAUGAAAUACAGGUAUACACGGACGAAAUGGAGAAAAGCAUCAACACGACUGAAGAUUAUUACGUUUUCAAACCCACCAUUAAAAGGUAUAUUUCUAGCGUUCGUAAUCUUUUUAAGAACCCCAUUUUUUACUUCAACAAGUAUAUUUAUUCCUUCGAGAAGAAUUUCGACUCGGCUGCCAGUGGAACGAUGGGUCCGGUCGUCAGCAUCCAGAUUAAGGGCGCAGAAGAUGAGAUGAAGGGGGAGCAGCCACGAACGGAGCAACAUCAAAAGGGGCAAUCACAAUCCGAGCAAUCACAAUCCGAGCAAUCACAAUCCGAGCAAUCACAAACGGAAAAACAACAGACGGAGGAACAACAACAGCAGGAACAGCAGAAGGAGAAACAAGAGGAGGAGUGUGAAGGAAAGCCGCCCAGUGGAGAAGUCACGGCGAGCGAAGAACCCGCAGAAAAUAAAGAAAUGGAAGUUACCAGUUCUGAUGAACCCAAGGGAGAAGAAAAGGAGACAGUAGUAGGUCCAUCCCCUGUUGCAGAAACAGAGGGGAUUGCAGCCACUCCCCUUGGUGAAAAAACAGAAGGCGUAGCCGCCAUAUCCCCGGUUGAUGACAUAAAGAUAACGAAGCACGACGUGUGGAAUGGGGACGAAGAGGGGACGCACACUGCUGUGGAAGACGGCCCAUUCAGUGAGCUAGAAAAGGAGCUAGAAAGCGAUAUAGACACUGAAUUAGACGCGGAACUCGAAACGGAGUUGGCCAAUGCCGAAUUAGAAGUAAACGUAGAAACAGAACCCGAAAGUGAGAUAGAACCUAUGUUUGGAAGCAACGUAGGAACAAUGCCUUGGGGGGAACUAGGAAAGGAAGAUGACUUUACGAAUGAAAUGGAGGCAAUGUUGGUAAAUAAAGAGAAUGAUAAGGGUGAGGUGAGGGAUGAAAAAAAUGUAGAGGAAGGAAGUUUGGAAUAUGCUGGUGGGCUCAAAAGUGAGCCCCAUCAUACGGAUGAACAAGGAAAUGAAAUUGAAGUGCAAAAGGAGAACGAAGGUGAAAGGGAGCAAAAGGAGGGUUUCUAUGGUAUGGAUGAUAAGUUCAUUCAGGUUGAAAUGGAGAGAAGCGGUGUUGUAGAAGGUGGAAACCAGAAGGGAGAAGGUGAAGAGGUGACGGAGGAAGUGAAGGGUGAAGAUAACAACGAUGAUGACGACGUUGGCAAUGAUUAUGACGAUAAUGAUUAUGAAUAUGACGACAACGAAGAUAAGGAGAAAGAUGAAGAGGAACAUAAAGAGGACGGAGAAGAAAGUCCCAAGGAGGAUGACGUAAUGAAGCAUAAGAAACGCAGAAAGGCGAAAAGGAAGAAGGAAAAUAAGGAGGAAAGUGCUGGGGAUGAUGAGGAGGAAGAAGAAAGUGAACAGGAAGACGAGGAAAAUGAUGAAGGAGGAGAAUACGAGGAAAACUAUGACGAUGAACGUGAUGACACCUAUGGAAACAAAAGUUCAGGAAAAUAUGAUGAUCUAAUUAACGAAAAAAAUAAACACAAUUUGUCAAUUUUCCGCAGCGCCAGUAUGAAGUAUCUCUGGAGAAUACCAAUUAUUAAUAGUCUCUAUAACAAGUGUAGUGAAUGUAAAAAGGACUUUGUGGGGAAAGAGGAUGUGGAAGUAAUUGACGUUUACGAAAUAGGGGAAGAAGAGUUGGAAGAAAUAUACAAUGAUUUUCAAAAUUUAAGUUAUGAAGAUUCUCUAAAAAGGGUUAAGGAAAAGUUUUUUUAUGCCGUGCCAGACAUGGAAUAUCUGUCAAAAGCUUUGAAAAUACACAACAAAAAUAAGGAAGGAAAUAAGGAGAGGAAUUUCUUUUAUGAUGCCAUGUAUGGGAAUGACUACUUGAUUAUCAAAUCAAAAGGUGUCAAUGUGGAGACAUUCAUUUAUCCCUAUUUUGAGACGUUGAAUUUACAGCUGAGUGAGAUAAAGACCUGCACAAUGGAGGAUUACUACGGUUGCAUGAAGGAAUACAUCCGAAGCCAAUUGAAGAAGGGGACCCAAGAGGAGCAUAAGGCGGUUGACAAUGCGGAUGGGAAAACAGGCGGAAAGCCGAGCGACAUGCUAAGCCACAAGUCGAAUGAAAAAAUUUUGUUCGUGUAUUUGGGGACCUUCAAAGACGAAGUGUUCAAAUUGCCCAAGUCCCAAAUCGCAGACGAUCUAAAGAGCGCCCACUUGAAGCAGUUCUUGGACAACCCCAAGGAUUACCACUUUUUUAACAACUUCCUAAUCAAAAAAUAUGAAGAGGAGUACUAUUUCUUCCAAAAGUUGAAGGUGUACACGGUGUACCAUUCCAAAUAUAAAAACUCAAUUAUGUACGGAAUUGACUUCAAUUUUUAUGUUUCCUACUUUUCCAAAGAGGAGAUACAAUAUUUACCCUUGUCGUACUACCAUGAUUCCAUCAUAUAUUUCAAGGUUGUACUGGCCACGUCCAAGUAUGGGUACCGCGAAAUUGUCCCUAUUGAUGAUGAAAUUAUAAAGUUUGGAUUAAUGCUUUCGUUAGAUAAUAAAAAUAAGAAUGUGCAUUAUUUAAUUCAAUCGGAAGUUACGAAUGACACAAAUUAUGACUUACUGAAGAAAAAAACGGGGGUCGUCAAAAUUUAUGAAGUGUCCUAUGAAAAUCUUAAAAUGCAACUGGUAAAUAAAAAUUACAAAGUUCAAGUAACAAAAACGAUGAAAAUUAUUCUGCAGAAGGAAGUUACCUUUAACAAUAAUAAAAAGAGAACACAUGAUUACAUUGACACCUUCUAUGACAAGAUGAAUAAAAUUAUGAAAAAUAAUAUGAACCUAGAAUUGUUCCGUAAAACGUUUUAUGUUCAUUUACAUAAAACGUGA